UUGGACGUCUCUCACUCGAAGGCCAAAUAAUAUUUGCAGGGACGUAAUAUUAUAGAGUGUGCAUUUAUUGACUUGGCACGGGUGCCAUGACUUAGGACUUACGAAUUCUUGGAUCCAUCAUUCAUCUCUUUCCAUGGAAUUGUCACCAGAAGAAAAAUCCUCUGUGCAUCUUUGGCAAUACCCGACUAUGAAGCUGAUCCUCCUGUCCUCGUGGAUGUUCUCGUGUCAUUGCAUUCAAUUCUCUGUUGUUCUUGCUGCUGCAGCAAGCACGAUUUCAGCGGGACAGAGUCUCACCAAGCCAGACACUCUAGUAUCUUCUGGUGGGGUAUUUGAGUUGGGUUUCUUUUUCCCGGGAAAUUCUUCUUACACAUACCUUGGAAUAUGGUACAAGAAGAUUGAGGAAAGAACCGUUGUCUGGGUGGGUAACCGAGAUCAGCCUCUCACCACCUCCGCUCCUUCUCUUGCCAUAGACCGAGCUAAUCUGGUGAUCCUGGAUGGCAGAAUAACCUACCAGGUGAGCAAUAAUUCCGUCAGUGGAAACGUCAGCGCAGCGCUGUUGGAUUCGGGAAAUUUUGUAUUGAGGGAGGAUGGCUCGGAAGCAAUUCUGUGGCAGAGUUUUGAUGAACCUUCUCAUACUUUUCUGCCUGGAAUGAAGGUUGGAUACAGCAGAAAGACUGGAAAGGUAUGGGCGCUGACUUCGUGGAAAAGUGCCGUGGACCCUAGCCCUGGCGAUUCCUCCCUGAUGAUAGAUUCCGAAAGCCCAGAUGAGUUUGUUAUUGUGAAAGGUAGUGAGAAAUAUUGGACUAGUGGGCCUUGGGAUAGAGAUGCACAAACGUUUUCUCUUGUUCCUGAGAUGAGAUUAAACUACAUUUUCAAUUACAGCUUCAUUAGCAAUCCCAAUGAGGUCUAUUUCACAUAUUCGCUUUAUAGUUCGUUUAGAAAUACAAGUACAAAUUUAGUUAUGGACCUGUCUGGACAGAUUAGACAACAAACCUGGCUAGAGACUAAUAAGGCAUGGAAUCUGUUUUGGGCUCAGCCACGGGACAAUUGUGAUGUCUACAGGGUCUGUGGCUCAUUCAGCAGAUGCAGCUCCAGAACUGAUAAUUAUUGUGGUUGCUUGGAUGGAUUUAAACCCUCAGAUCCAGAGAAGUGGCAACAGCAUGAUACAUCUGCAGGGUGUGUGAGGAGAACACCGUUGCAGUGUGAGCAAAUGGGAUAUGGAAAUGGUGAUAAGGACGGGUUCCUCAGGAUGGACAAUGUGAGAUUUCCGCUGUAUUACAAUACCUCGAACAGAAUAUCCACUGAAGCAUGUAUAUCAGCCUGCUCAGGUGAUUGUUCUUGCACAGCAUAUGCUUAUGAUGGCAGUGCCACUGGUGCUGGCACUGGCAGGUGUUUCCUGUGGCACGGAGACCUCUUAAAUCUAAAGCAGCCGUCUGAAGAUGAUCUUGACAGUAAUACAAUAUACAUCAAACUUGCCGCUUACGAGCUCCCAAAAAAGAAGCUGCAAAACUCCCAAGGGAUUAACAAAACACUAAAGAUAGCCCUAGCUUCUGUUGUUCCUCUCGUUGCCCUCGUCCUAACCACCUACAUCUGUUGCCGAUGGAAAAAGGAACAGAAGGGUAAAAUGGGACCGACUCAGGACAUUUUACUGUUUGAUGUGGACAUGAGCAUUGCUGCUCGUACAGAUGAAACUUCUCAAAAAGGAAUUGGAAAUGAAAAGAACGCAAAGGAUGCUUGGUUGCCUUUGUUUAGCUUUUCAAGUGUAACUUCUGCGACACAAAACUUCUCAAAUUCAAACAAGCUUGGAGAGGGAGGUUUUGGACCAGUUUACAUGGGUAAAUUACUGAACGGGAAACAUGUAGCAGUGAAGAGACUCUCCAAGAAGUCUGCUCAAGGGAUGUUAGAGUUGAGAAAUGAAACAAUGCUUAUAGCCAAGCUACAACACAAGAACCUUGUUAGACUCCUGGGCUGCUGCUUGGAGCGAGAUGAAAAGAUUCUAAUCUACGAAGACAUGCCCAACAAAAGCUUAGAUUCCUUCCUCUUUGAUCAAGCAAAACGACUUCUCCUAAAUUGGGAAAAGCGUGGACACAUUAUUGAAGGAAUCGCUCAAGGGCUUAUUUAUCUUCAUCAACACUCCAGAUUGCGCAUUGUCCACAGAGACCUCAAGGCUAGCAACAUUCUAUUGGAUAGUGAUAUGAACCCCAAGAUAUCUGAUUUCGGCCUAGCAAAGAUGUUCAGCGGAAAUGAGUCCGAGGCAAACACAAAUCGAAUUGUAGGGACAUAUGGUUAUAUGUCUCCGGAGUAUGCCUUGGAGGGAGUGGUCUCCAUAAAGUCGGAUGUGUUUAGCUUCGGAGUGCUGCUUCUGGAGAUAAUAAGCGGCAAAAAGAAUACUGGCUUUUAUCAGACUGAUUCAAUGAAUCUUCUUGGAUACGCUUGGCAACUGUGGCAAGAAGACAGAGCUCUCUGCUUGGUGGAUUUGGUGUUAGAACAUAGCGAAUCGUAUAGUACGCUGAUGAGACAUAUUAAUGUGGCUCUUCUGUGCGUUCAAGAGAUUGCAGCUGAUAGGCCAACUAUGUCAGAAGUAUUGAAGAUGCUUACGAAUGAGCUUUUAAUUCUACCUUCUCCAAAGCAGCCAGCUUUCUCACAUAUAAGGACUAAGAAAAUCCCAGAAGCGCCUCUUUACAGAUCUGAUCACAAUUCAGUAAAUGAUGUUACGGUCUCUUUAAUGGAAGCUCGAUAGCUUUUCAGACAUGAGAGUCAUCUUGUUUCAUGUGAUUCUUCGCUGAAGGGCUGCACUUGUGAUUUGCAAGUGCAAAAGAAAAAAGAUUUAAGCUGUAUUGCGUAAUUGAAUUAAGGUGGAAUUUGUCUUCAUCAAGAAACAGGAAGUUUUUUUUUUUUAUCGAAAAGAAACAGGAAGUUGAUAUGAGCUCAAUUGAGUUACGGUUGAUUAUGAUCAUUAUAAAAAUAAUAGAGCUGGAGCUUUCUAUUGUCAUGUGGCA